AAGCAGGACCCCGAUCUCGAGCCCACACAUGGUGCUGGCGAUGAGUGAUGGAUCAUGGAUGCGGCCUGUGAUGAGGAACAGUCUACAAGGGUAUCUCAACUGUCUCCGGACUACGGAGUGAUGACCUUCAGAUCAUGAUGGACAGAAGUGGAGUGGAUGGAUGCUGCCAGGAAUCUCCGGUUUCCGAAAAGGGAAACUCCGAGUGAAAUCCCCGAGGCGUAUUCGGAUAUGACUGAAUCCAAAGUGUCUCCUCCCUCAUGGUUCUCCCCGUGUAGGAGUACAUAAAGACAGGCACAUAUUACUAACUAAGAUAGCACGAAGACAUUUCUUCGUUCUUCGUCUCUGCACUUCCGCCCUGCUCUCAUCUUCUUUUCCGAGGCUGUCAAUAUCGACCGGGAUCUCAGUCUACACCUAUCGAUCUGCACCAGGACAUUAUAUAGUUCGCUGGAAAUGGCAUCCGCAUUAGUGUCUACAGCUCUUCGCGAUCAGCAUGUUGUCAUUCUUGGGGGAGCGUACGCCGGGCUAUCCACGGCGUUGAAUCUCCUCCGGAUCUGCGACGGGACAUUCAGCUAUUUUCUGAAAGCAGAUGGCAGGGGUCAUAACCUGCCUCUCCCACGAUCUCCACGCAACAAGCCCAGAAUUACCAUCCUAGACCCCCGAGACGGCUUUUAUCACGCCGUCGGAACGCCAAUGGCGCAUACCUCAAAAAGCUAUAUCAGCAAGCCGUGGCUACAGUGGGACCAGAUCCCCGAGCUGAAGAGAGGUGGUGUUUCGGUCGUUAGAGGAAAAGCCAUAAAGGCAGAUCCAGAGGCAAAGACAUUGGUCUAUCUCUCAGGUGAACCAGGAGAGCUACAGCAACGGUCACUUGAUUAUGACUAUCUCGUCGUGGCUACAGGUCUCCGACGUCCGUGGCCUACUGUUCCAAUGGCAACGACCAAAGCAGAAUUUUCCGCGCAAGCUGCAAGAUAUAUCGAACACUUACAAUCACGUAAUUCGAUUGCUGUCAUCGGGGGAGGGGCCGUUGGAAUCGAAAUGGCCGCAGAGAUCAAACACCAAUACCCCUUGAAAGACGUGACCUUGAUCCACUCGCGCUCCUCACUUCUAUCCUCCGAGCCUGUAUCCAUGGAAUUCCGAGACACAGUACACAAGGUCGUCCAAAGCGGUGGCGUGAACGUUCUUCUGAACAACCGCGUCCUCAACGUAACAUCAGACGGAAACUCCUCCAAGACAAUAACCCUUGAGAGCGGUGGCUCUCUCUCCGCCGACGAAGUGAUCUGGGCCACCUCAUCCGCAGCACCAAUCACCGAAUUCUUACCAAACGAAGCACUGGAUCAGGAAGGAUUCGUGAAUGUUCUCCCCACGACUCAAUUCCAACCCACAAUUCCCAACUCGGCUGCCCACUUCGCCGUUGGCGACGUAAUCUCCACUCCCGGGAUCCGACUCGCCCCCGGCGCCAUUCGGAUGGGCAAGAUAACCGCAACAAACAUCGCACAGAUGCUGGUAGCUUGCGAGGAUUCCGCGUCAGACACACCAUCCGUUUCUUCAGAUCAAGCACAGGCUCACGCAAAACCGCCAAAAUCAAACCUAAAACUGGUGAUCGGGGUAUCCGGAGCCGCAUACGAUGGUAACACGGGGGACAUGAUGUGGGGACCGGAGGUUAAGCAGAGGAUCUUCGGGGAUGACAUGGGACUUACCCGUGAGUUUUUUUUCUUUCUAUUCUUGUCUACGAGGUUACAUUCCAGAGCCAUACUGACAAUAGCUAAGGUGCAUUGGGAGCGUUGGGGUUAUUUUAGAACAUGA